AUGCUCAGCCCGUCGUUGCUGAGUCCCGCUGCGGCCGUCGUUGGCGGAGUCGUCGAGGACAAGGCCAAGUCGCUCUCUCGCUCUUCUCCCUCGACUCGAUCCGGCGCCAGACGCUCGUGCGUCGCUGAGAAGGACUCGUACUGCGCUCCACGCUGCUGCUGCCGGUCCGCACUCGCGCUCCUCCCUCCCAACCCGUCCUCAUCGGCCAACCCGCCCUCGUCGACUUCGACUCCCUGCGCACGCCUCUUCCCGACCCGUCCGGCCUUGCGACGCACGUCUGACGACUCCACCUCACUCGCAAUGAACGACUACGACCCGCUCCAUCCCGCAGCGUACGAACCCGCUCGUCACUCCCCCCACCCAGGCAGCGACCUCUCCUCUGUCGCACCUCGCGCGCCCCUGCCAGGCUACGACAGGGACUACCGGGCGCCUGGGUUCGGGUCGGCUAGUCCACCGUCCCGAGAGAGCGACGCGUGGCAGCACGGCGGGACGAGCGGAGAUGGGUGGGGAGCGAGCGGUGAGGGAUCACAGCAGCAGCAGCAGGGGAGGACGGCGGGACUCGUACCGCGCAGUGCACAGGUGGCGGACUCGAUGAAUGGCCGGCGGGCGGCGGGCGAGGCGGGCUCGAACGGCGGACAGGGUGCUCAGCAGCGAGAGGGGUUCAUCCGCAUCAGGAUCAUGGGGUUGGAGAGGAACAGGCGCGACAUCUACAUCAAGUUCAAUGCAGAGACGAACCUCCCGAACUUUCACCACUCCAGCUACCGCUCCAUCUCCCGCUCGUACGGCGAGUUCAUGUCUCUCGUCUCCGCCCUCUCCGUCACCUGCCCCCAAUCAAUCAUCCCCGCGCUUCCUCUCGCCCAAACCUCCGCCGCAUCAGACGAAGAAGACGACCGGCUCAUCAAGGCUGCGUUUCAGAAGUGGGUUGUGAGGGUGAUGAGUGAUCCGGCGGUUGUGAGGGAUGAGGAGAUGCGCAGUUUCAUUGAGAGCGACUUUGGGUACACGGCUCGGUCACGCAAGAAGUCCUCCGCCGCGUCCUUCUCCUUCUCUCGGAGCUCCCGCCUCCCAGGCGAACUCGACGACCCCCUCACGCUCGCCAAAAUCUCCAUGUCACGGCUCGAAUCCACCUUCCACGACACGGCCAAGACCAUCGACCGAGUCUCGAAAACUCGACGGGCGGCAGCGACGAGCGUGAACGAUUUGGGCGACCAACUGAAUACGUUUGCGUUGGCGGAGAGUUAUGCGCCGUUAGCGGCGGGGUUCAAGAGGUUGGCGAGGAGCGUCAAGGUUGAUGCGGAUUUGUUGGCGUCGAUUCAGGAACAGAUUACACUCGGCGACAUGUUUGUCUACCAGUCCGCCAACGCCAAGUCGGCCAAGGAAACCCUCUCAGGGCGCGACGCCGUAGCCGACGAACACCGCCAAGCCGUCAAGUCGAGCAUCUCGAAGCGACGCAACAUUGAAAAACUCAAGAGUGCGUCGUCGUUGAGGGCGGACAAGGUCAAUGAGGCGUUGGAGGAUCUUGACGAGGCCCAGCGAUACGAAGAGACCCUCGCCCGCCGACUCCAAGGCAUCUCAACCAACCUCCAACCCUCCCUAACCCGUCACUCGAUCGACACCCACUCGGACCUGCUCUCCACCCUCCUCGAGCACGCGCGGCAGACCCUCCUUUGCGAGAAACAGCGGCUGAAGGAGUUUGAGCUCCUGAGACCGGACGUGAAGGCGAUCAAGAGGCAGGAGGCAGGGGUGAUUUAUCAUACGGCGCCGGGGGGACAGGUGGUGGGACGUGCAGGGGCUGGGGCGUCGUCCGUCUCGAGUCGACCGGCGCCAACGCCGGGGUCGCCUACUCCGAGUCGAGUCGCUCCCUCGGCUCCGGCGGAUCCGCUGGGAGGAGAGAGCGGCAGGGACUUGGGCUCGAUGGCGCAGAAGGCGCAGAAGAGGAGCGUCAGGAGUAUGGCGAGUUCGGUGCAUGUCGAGGGCGACAGGAGGCAAAAGGUUGAUGCUAGGAUGGCGGCUUCGAUGCUGGCGAACGGGUUCUGA